GCCUCCCUCUCACUUACACGAAUCUUCUGCAACAUUUCUAACGGAGCUCCUCUAAUCUCUCCUCUACCCUCUCUACCUAGUUAGUCUCUUUCCUCGGCCGUAAUGCGGCAUGCCGCUGCGUCCCUCUUCCCUCUGUAGCCUACGCCCCGCGCCAAUUCUUUCAACAUGUAGCAACAAACUGCUCCGGUGUCGGACAUCAAGCAUCGCCGCAAUUGGGCUGCGAGCUCAGCAGCGAAGGGGGCGGCAUGAUGAGGUCGCACAUAAGAAUCACUAUGAGAGGCUUAAUAUAAGGCACGAUGCAACACCCGCUGAAAUAAAAAAGUCUUUCUAUUCUCUUUCGAAAACCCACCAUCCCGAUGCAAAUCCAUCUGAUCCAACCGCAUCUUCGACGUUCUCCCUGAUUUCCGAAUCAUAUACUGUUCUGUCUGACAAGACUCGCCGAGCAGCCUACGAUCGCGAUAUCCUUCGUUUGCACCACCACCCACCACAAACUCACUCCCAUCGCGGCUCUUACCACUCUCAUCAGCCUGGCGGUCGCGCACCAUCAGGUUUAAGUCGCAGGAGAGGCACCUUUCGCGGUCCGCCGCCUAGCUUUUACCGCAGCGGAGGCUGGGGAGAGCAGGCAGAUAAGCGUCGCAAGGCCCAUGAAGAGAGUACAGGUGGUGGAAGCACAUCACCACAUGAACAAGACGGAUCGCAUAGUCGUCAGAAGAGCCCAUGGGGUGAUCCUUUUAGUCAUGAGUCUUCCUAUGGAGGAAUGGGACCUGGUGAUGACCCUUUUGGACAUCAGAAUGAUGUUCCUCACUUCGACAAGGCGGGACAUACGCGAACACAUCGGAGAGAGGACCAACGGCGCAAAGAUAGGAGGCAAAGGCGCGCGAUGGGCGACGAUGACAUUGGCUUUGAGCCUCAGGCAACCAUCACAGGCCAUUUUAUCAUAAUAUCGGGCAUUCUCGCCACUGCGAUAUUGGCGCCUCUCGUAUAUAUUCAGUUCAUGAGCAUUGGGCAGCGAAAAAAGAACAAGAGUUAAG